CAUCAUAUUUUCAAAAUGGGAGGAGAGGAUGUCUUUGUUGGAUCGAUUUGAUAAGAAACAAAUUCCUCCUCCCUUUGAUCACAAUGGCGACAUAGGGCUUUCAGAUGAGUUUUUUGAUAAAACUUGGAUUCUGGUUGCCUUUUGUGGUACUACACUUAGUGCAUAUCGUGUUAAAAUUCAUGCUGACGGUGAUCUUGAGCCCAUAUCUUAUAGGAAGCUAAAGGAAAGUUGUUAUCAGGAAGGUUGGGAUGACCUCAUAACUUAUCCACUAGCUGAUAUUGGAGGUGGAAAAUUUUUUGUGGUCACUGAUUCUUACAAUGUAGGUCUCUUGAUGUAUGUGUUCCAAAUUGAUUUUACACUUGAACAUCACAUCCAAUCCUUUGCAAGUGGUGUUGGAGCCUCUUCAAAAAUCCUUUACUAUAAGAAAUUCCAACGUGGGUAUGCUAUUGAUUGUUUUUGUAUUGCCUCUGCCCCUCCAACAAUUGAAGACCAAGAUAGGGUGGAAAAUACAAGUAAAAGGGAGAGGAGUGGGGAUGAAACCAUGUAUAAGUCCAAGAUCCUCCGUUCUUUAUGAGUAUAGUGGUAUUCUUAUAUUUUGAGUGUUUAAGUGAACAAAACUGCAAUCCAUCCUAUCUUCUUGGAGACUUCAAUGGUAGAUUAGGUAUUUUUUGGGAGUGUUUAAGUGAACAGAACUGCAACUCGUACUAUCCUCUUGGAGACUUCCAAUGGCAGUUUAGGUAUUGUUAGAAGUAGGAAUUGUGUGUAUGUUGAUUUUGGUCGCAAGGAAAUGGAUAAAGUUACAGAAUCUUUUUUUUCAGAAGAUAAGAUGUUUUCGGAAUUGACCCUAAAAUAUACCUUGAUAUUUCACAAUUUCAUUCCUGCCCCUUAUUAUUAUAUGUAUUUGUGCAUUUACUUGUAAGCUAGUGAUCUUAUCAAAAUUGUUGUCUACUAAAUCUGAACAAGCUGAUUUUUACA